UCCACGUUUUUGGUGCAUUUCACUUUGCCUCGAGAUCUUAUAAAAGUACGAGCGACACCCGGCGCACACGCUAGUGUUAAGCCACUCUUUAUCUCGUCGCAAAGUCGUCCACUCACGCCGGACCAAUCAUGGAUGAGGAACAAGUUCAAAUGCUCAGGAGAGCUUUCUCCAUGUUCGAUUCGACCAAGGCGGGUAAAAUCGAAAAGGAGAAGGUCAGGACGAUCCUCAACACCCUGGGACACACCUUCGACGACCAAGAGUUGGAGGUUCUGUUGGAACAGGAGGACGAAGACGGUAGCGGACACCUAAACUUCGACUCCUUUUACCGCGUGGCGAGCCACUUCCAGGAGGAAGACGACGAGGCUCUCCAGAAGGAAUUGAAGGAGGCCUUCCGGCUCUACGACAAGGAGGGAAACGGGUACAUACCCACCAGCUCUCUGCGCGAAAUCCUCGCUGCUCUCGAUGACCAAAUCACUCCCGAUCAGAUGGACGGCAUGAUCGCUGAAAUCGACACUGACGGUUCGGGAACCGUAGAUUUUGAUGAAUUCAUGGAGAUGAUGACCGGCGAUUAAUCGGGCUGAUUCAAAGUAUCUAGAAUUACCGAAUUACCCAAAGACCGUUUUCCGAUUUCCUGGAGUCUCGGCAAUAUCAUCUGCCGUACAUCACGUCGCACCUGAGCAGCGAUUCGCGUAUUUUAAAUACUGUGUAAAUUUCAAUCAUACCACAUUGUAUAAAUCGUUUUGUAAACGUU